AUGGCGAGAAAUAAAAGACCAAAGACAGCAGAAGAAAUACGUAAACAAAAGAGAGAAUGCGAACGAAGACGAAGAGCUCGUAUUAAAGCUGACCCAGACUUGUAUGAAGCCAGUAAAAAAAAGAUAACCAGCGUUAUGCAGAAAAACGACGCAAAAAAACAGGUAAAACUAGUGUCCGAAAUGACUCCAAGAGAACGGCGUGCUAAGCAACGUGAAUGGCGAGAACGUAAAGCUAGGAGUAGACAGAAUAAAAAACGCAAUGAGCGACUACUACAAAAUUUGCGAGAGAAUACUCCGGAUUCCAUUGCUGAUGACCAAAACGUAGCGAGCCCUUAUUUUCAACAAAAUGUGUCUUCCCUUUCUCAACCUUUGUCUCCUGCUUCUUCGAUUUCCAGAAGGUCGUUUGUUAGUCCUGGAUCGUCGUUCUCCAGAGAAGAAUGUCACACACCUUCUCAUAGCUCUAAUUUAAGUAGGCAAAAAGUAGCUGGUCUUCGAUAUGUCCGAAAACGACGUGAGGAGUCCAAUCUCAAAAUAAAAAGGCAGGCAACUGUAAUCAAAUCAAUGGAAAAAAAAUUCACGCAUUACGGGUACAAUUAUUGA